GUACGUUUUUGUGAAAAUGGCUGCGCCCAUCAUUUGGCGUUUGCGUUGAAUUUUCAAUCUGAAUUUUGAUUGUUAUUUAGUUAUUUCUUGUAAAACAUAUGUCAACAUGUCAGUAGAAAAGUGGGUUAGCGAACGGUUAUUCGAUUUAUUAGGAAUAUCUGACAAAUACAUUGCUCAGUAUUUUGUUGGAUUGGCGAACAAGUCAGGAAGUGAAGAUGAUUUUGUUGAUAGACUAAGGGACACCGGAACUGUUGAAAUAGAUGAUAAUAUUAUUAACUUUACCAAAGAACUCUAUCAUAAGGUACCUCAUAAACAGAAGGCAGUGAAAACAUUAACUGUUCAACAACAGUCACAGUUAGAUUUAGAGAAAAAGAAUCAAACUUUUCAGUUAUUAUCUGAUGGAGAAGAUCUGGAGGAAGAUUAUAAAAUACCUACCAAGAAGAAAAAAGAAAAUAAAAGACAAAAACACUUGAGAAAAAAACAAGAAUCUGAAAGUAGUAGUGAAAGUGAGAAGGAUGUUCCUGUUAGUCGUGGUCGUCAAGCUGAGAGUUCAUCAGAAGAUGAAAUGGAUGCCUUGGAAAAAGAAAGACUUCAUGAUUUACAGGAGAGAGAUGAAUUUGCUAAUAGAAUGAAAGAUAAAGAUAAGGACAAAACUAGAAAUGUUGCUUCAAAGUCAGAAAAAAGGGCAUAUGAAGAGGCUAAGAAACGUCUACAGAUGGAAACAGAAGAUAAAAAGAAAAUCAUUCCAGAAAUACGAAAAAAAUCUCGACGAGAUUAUUUGAAAAAACGUCAAGCUGAUAAAUUAUAUGAUUUAGAAGGCGAUGUUGCAGAUGAAGAAUAUUUAUUCAAAGAUGUCAGAUUAUCAAGCAGAGAGAAAAAAGAACUAGAAUACAAAAAACGUGUCUUAAAACUAGCGUCGGAACAUAGGAAAGCCGGAGAUAUUGAGAAAGUUAGUCGAUAUCACAUGCCAAAAGAUGAUGUAAAGCCAGAAGAUAAAUAUGUAGAGGAUGAAUUGGAACGGGGGAAUUACGAACAGAAACGAUGGGAAGAGGAUCAUUUACAUGCAGCCACCUUGAAGUUUGGUGCUAAAGAUGCUAAAACUAAAAAUAAAGUAAAAGAAUAUGACGUUAUAAUGGAUGAAGAAAUCGAAUUUGUACAGACGUUAAAAAUGCCUGGUGUUGGUAAAAAUAAAGAGAAAGAUGAAAUGAUGGAUUCUUCUAAGUUAAAAAAGAUGAGUUUAGAAGAAACACGAAAAAGUUUACCUAUUUAUCCAUUUAAACAAGAUUUAAUUGAUGCUAUUGCUGAACAUCAGGUUCUUAUUAUUGAAGGUGAAACAGGUUCAGGAAAGACUACUCAGAUACCUCAAUAUCUACAUGAUGCAGGUUAUACUAAAAAUGGAAUGAAGAUUGGUUGUACCCAGCCUCGACGUGUUGCGGCAAUGUCUGUUGCUGCUCGUGUUUCACAGGAAAUGGGAUGGAAGCUGGGUAAUGAGGUUGGUUAUAGUAUACGUUUUGAAGAUUGUACAUCAGAGAGAACCAUAUUAAAAUAUAUGACAGAUGGUAUGUUAUUAAGAGAAUUUCUUAGUGAACCUGAUCUAGGAGGGUACAGUAUUUUGAUUAUUGAUGAAGCUCAUGAAAGAACUCUUCACACUGAUGUAUUAUUUGGAUUAGUCAAAGAUAUUGCUAGAUUCCGGCCAGAUUUAAAAUUACUUAUUUCCAGUGCUACUUUAGAUGCUCAAAAAUUUUCAGAAUUUUUUGAUGAUGCUCCUAUUUUCCGUAUCCCUGGUCGAAGAUUUCCUGUUCAUGUUUAUUAUACAAAGGCACCAGAAGCUGAUUAUAUAGAUGCUGCUGUAGUAUCAGUGUUACAGAUUCAUGUAACACAACCAAUUGGUGAUAUACUUGUAUUUCUUACUGGACAAGAAGAAAUAGAAACAGCUCAAGAAAUGUUGCUGGAAAGAACAAGAAAAUUAGGAUCAAAGAUAAAAGAGUUGGUUAUAUUACCUAUAUAUUCUACAUUACCAUCGGAUCAACAGGCCAAGAUAUUUGAACCAGCACCACCUGGUGGUAGAAAGGUUAUUCUUGCAACUAAUAUAGCUGAAACAUCAUUAACUAUUGAUGGUAUUAUAUAUGUCAUUGAUCCAGGCUUCUGUAAACAAAAAAGUUAUAAUGCUAAAACAGGAAUGGAAUCUCUACAAGUUACACCUAUAUCUAAGGCAUCAGCCAAUCAAAGAGCUGGUCGAGCAGGUCGUGUCGCUGCUGGUAAAUGUUUUAGACUGUAUACAGCAUGGGCGUACAAAAACGAACUGGAAGACAACACUAUACCAGAGAUACAGAGAACAAAUCUAGGAAAUGUUGUUCUGUUAUUAAAGAGUUUAGGUAUAAACGAUUUGAUUAAUUUUGAUUUCAUGGAUCCACCACCUCACGAGACAUUAGUUUUAGCUUUAGAACAGCUGUAUGCAUUAGGUGCCUUAAAUCAUCGAGGUGAAUUAACCAAAUUAGGUCGACGUAUGGCUGAAUAUCCUGUUGAUCCAAUGAUGUCAAAAAUGAUUAUUGCUGCUGAACAAUAUAAAUGUUCUAAAGAGAUAAUCACGAUAGCUGCCAUGUUGUCUGUUAACAACGCCAUAUUUUAUCGACCUAAAGAUAAAAUUGUUCAUGCUGACACAGCUAGACAGAAUUUCUUCCGUCCUGGUGGAGAUCACCUGACUUUAUUAAAUGUGUACACCCAGUGGGAAGAAACCGAUUAUUCGACACAGUGGUGCUAUGAAAACUUUAUUCAACAUAGAUCUAUGAAACGUGCUCGAGAUGUGCGUGACCAAUUAGAAUCUCUGUUAGAAAGAACAGAAAUAGAAAUAACAUCAGAUGUUGGUAAUACUGUUGGUAUUCGUAAGGCGAUAACAUCAGGUUAUUUUUAUCAUACUGUUAGAUUAAGUAAAGGUGGACAAUAUAAAACAGUUAAACAUCAACAAACUGUCAUGAUACAUCCUAAUAGUUCAUUAUUUGAAGAGCAUCCUCGGUGGAUUAUAUAUUUUGAAUUGGUUUUUACAACAAAAGAAUUUAUGAGACAGGUCAUAGAAAUUGAAAACUCUUGGUUAAUGGAGGUGGCACCGCAUUAUUAUAAAGCUCGGGAAUUAGACGAUGGCGCUACCAAAAAGAUGCCGAAAAGAAUUGGAAAAUCUAAGAAUGAUUUAACUAGGACAUACUAAUAAUAUUAUUAAGUUCAUUAAUCUGAACAGUUAAUAAUCAAAAUUCUGUAAUGAUACAUGAUCACACUGAACAAAGUGAGAUUUGUACCAAUGCCUCUUUUUUUUGUUACUGGUAAUUGCAUCAAAAUCUUACUGUGUAAUUACCAUACAGUUUGGGACAGCUAAAACUAAAUUUUAAGCUUUGAUCACAUGUUGUGCAGAUGAUACUAGCUAUGUCCCAAAGAGGUAGGAAGAUCCACUGGUAAAAAGAAAACGCCUGCAAAUUCUGGUGUAGUGGAUGGGUCGAGUAUGGACUAAUUUUUGUAUUGACUUGACCCUUAUUAUGGACUAUGAGUUAAUAUUCAAUGGCAAUUUGGAAAGAAUAUAAAUAUCUAGCUACAACAUGUUAAUAAGCAGAGAAUAGGUUUUGGUAAAUAUUCAUGGUUUAGAGGCAGAAGGAUAACAGAGUUAAGAGGUUGGUUAUGGUGAUAUGUAUGGCAGAUAAUUCUGUACAUGAUUUUACUAUGCUACUUCAACUUUGUGUCUCAAAAUUCCAGUGGUCAAAAUCAUGCAAGUUAUGGAGCAUUUGUUGCUCUAUCUGUAGUGAAAAGCAUUCAGCCCAACGAAAAUUUGGGAAAAGGUUGGAGCUGGGUAAAGAGACCAGAAUUAACAUUGAAGUCAAUGGCAAAAUUAAUGGUGGUCUGCACCAAAUAGUCCAUUGUAACUACCUGUGUAAACAAAUAUUCAUUUAUCAUUUCAUGUAAUGUCAGAUAUAGUUAUUUUCAUCAUAUCACCUGAUGUAUAUUGUUGAUUGUGUGAAAUAGGCUGGCAAUAAAAAUAUUUGAUCAUUUGUCAAUAAAUUUUGGAUGUAGAUUUA